CCGCCGCUGUACCCGGAAGUGCCGCCGCAGCCCCGCCAUGUCGCGCGCCACCAAGCGGAAGCACGUGGUGAGGGAGCUGCUGGAGGAGCGCGUGCAGCCCGCGGAGGGACAGAGCGUGGUCAGGGUGUUGGGGACACCGGGGAACAACCUGCACGAGGUGGAGACGGCGGAGGGGACGCGGUUCCUGGCCAGCAUGCCACCGCGGUUCAGGAAGCACAUCUGGAUCAAGAGAGGUGAUUUCCUGCUGGUCGAUCCCAUCCUGGAGGGCUCCAAGGUCAAAGCUGAAAUUUCCCUGGUGCUGCUCCCGCCCCACGUGCGCUCCCUGCAGCGCCAGGGGCUCUGGCCUGAGGCCUUCGCGCCCCUGGAGAGGAAAAGCCCCCAGGAGGGUGACGAGCAGGGGCUCUUUGUCAACACCAACCGGGGGGGGACCCCUGGGGACACCGGGGACAGCUCUGGGGACAGCGAGGACGACACGGGGGGACAGCGACGGGGACAGCGAGGACAAUGAGGAGGACACGGGGGGACAGCGCUGGGGACAACGAGGAGGACAAUGAGGACAAUGAGGAGGACAACGAGGACAAUGAGGAGGACACCAGGGACACCGAGGACAGCGAUGGGGACACUGAGGACACCCAAGGGGACACUGGGGGACACCAGGGCCAGCUCAGAGCGCGGCAGCCGGGGACACUCGGGGGACACAGAGGACACGAGUGACACCGGGGACACCGCAGGGACUGGGGCCCCGCGGCCAAAGGACGUUGGGGACAAGGACAGGGGGGACAGGGGGCAGGGCGGGGACGCUCCCCAAUAAAGGAUGCUGGUGGCACUGGG